AUGGGAGUUGCAAAUUUCAUCCCCAAAGAUAAAGAGAAAGAGCAAAUCUUGAUCUUACGGCACGGCUCGAUACCCCAGGUUGAAUGUUUUGAAGAAAAUGACACGAUUUUACACAUUGUCACCAACCCUUUGGCCUUGAGACUCUUCAUAACUCAUCGUCUACAACAGCAUCCUAAGACGGUUGUGAUUAUCGAGUUUAACAAUUUAAAAGACACGUGCGAGCUAUAUCACCUUCUUUACCAGCUCUUCAAUAAUGAGUUCCGCGAGUCUGCUAGGCCCCCGCUAAUGAUAAUGGUUGACCCAAAGGACCUUCUGGAGUACUCUGCUUCUUCAACUUUGCGAUUGCAAUUACUACGAUACCUCAGUUUGAAGCAUGGGAGCAAUAUAGCCUCAGUGCCUCGAGCUAGUCAAGCAAUGAACAUUGGCCAGAUCCGUGCUCUUUUGGAUAUACACAAGAACAACCGCGUUGUACCAAUAUACACGGAGACAGCUAGCUCCGAUUCUCCGAUGCCAGUUCAUCUCAACAUUCCCAGCUCGUGGGAUAGCUGGAACAAGAUUCUUAUGCAUGGAAGGUCAGUCAUGUUUCCCGAGCCCGAGAACGAGUAUAUCAUCCGCGAGGAGAACAAACUUCGUGACUUGGACGAAAAGUACGAGAAGCAUCUAUCCCAGAAGAAGGAGAAAGUGCCAACUUCCGUCUUGCAGGAGUUUUUCCCUGAAAGCGCAGAUGUCAAGAGAAAGCUGGUUGAGAUGGCAAUUUCAACCGCACCUAGAACGAUGCAAGAGUUUCUUCAGCAAGUGACGCAGCUACGCCGUGAAACGUUGACCAACUAA